GCAUUUACCCAAGGUCAUCAGUCCGUCGUAGUACGAAAUUACGCGUGUGGAUAUGGUAAAGCCCACUGAAACCGAUGGUACCAAGAUCAAGCAGAGGCUUAAACGCCCGGGUCGGCUUUAUGUAAAAGCAACAUUUACAGGAUACCGUAGAGGGCUACGAAACCAACAUGAGAAUACGGCCUUGCUUCGUAUUGAUGGAGUGACAGAAAAGAAAUCUACGGACUUCUACUUAGGGAAACGCUGCGUAUACGUUUAUCGAGCCCAAAAAAAGAAGGUUUUUCCAAGGAGGCAGAAACCAACAAAAAUAAGAGUUAUUUGGGGGAAGAUUAUGCGUCCACACGGCAACAGUGGCAUUGUCCGAGCCCGAUUCAAACACAAUUUACCGGCAUCUGCUAUGGGCAAACGUAUACGAGUUAUGUUGUACCCUUCGCGAGUGUAGUGAAGUAAAUAUCGCUGGUUGAUAAUCGUUUCUGUUUUGAUGACUUUUAUUCCGUAUGAUGUCUAAUGGACUUUAAAAGUAAACUGGAACAUUUUUACACAUUGUGCGAUCAAUGUAAAGUUUGGAUGUUCUGUUAUACUUGUCAAGACAUUCAGUUAACUCUA